AUAUGAUACUCAACUCUUUCUUACUUCAUUUAAUUCUAUGCCACUUAUCAAAGUUGCCUAGUUGGCAUGCAUGAUACUAGCUAUGAUACUCCCAUUACAACCAGCCUUAGCUGCCGCUGUCGCUUUGCGUCACUGAUUCCCUGAUUGUGUGAUUUCCUCUCUACUAAUUUGCAGACGACGCUAAUUGUUGCGGCCCACGAGACAGAUUCCCACGCCCGGGAAUCCGAGGUUGUUUCCUUUCUUUAUGCCCCGUUGCUGCCCGGGAAUCACUCACUCAGUGCUGACUUUUGCUUCAGCGGACGGGACGGCUGCCCGGGAAUCACGCACUCAGCCCUGGCUUUUGCUUCAGAGGACGCGACGGCACACUGCAGGAAUUCACUCACUCGUUGUGUGAAUCCGAGGCUGAGGUAGCUGAAUUUUAACCUGUUGUGCCGACACUACAGGGAUCCUCUUCUUUUUAAUGCUAUCCUAUGCUUUUGCUCCAUGCGGAAGCACACCCUCUCCGGCCUCCUCUUCUGCUCUCUAAGUCUCUAAGAACACAGAGAAAGAAAAACUCACUAGGCACUUUCACUCGUGAUUUAGCACGAUUUAGAGUAGGAUUUGAAUAUGCUGAAGUUCAACAAAAGAUAGAUCAAGGCAUUAUUUCAUCACCUUUUGGAGUCAUCUAAAGCUUCAGGAGUAGGAUUUGCCUAGCGAAGUGAAUUACGAAGUUGAUCAAGGUAAAAUAAUUCAUCUUAGUAGCAAACAAGGAGGAGAUGACGUGAUUGAAGAAUUUGUGUUUCAAUCUUCGCUGUCCCUUUUGAGGUUAUGGCUGAAGUGCUAGUGCUUUCGCAGGGGCCCCAUGACGCCGGCCACCGUUGCCACCUAUUGUUGAACCCAAAUAAUGAUAAUGAUCCUCGAACUUUCACACUUCGAACCGUAAAUAACACAUGGUCAACACACGAUUCUUUCAUUCAUCACCUUGAGGCUUAUGGCCUACAUGGUUAUGCUAGUCUCACAUCAUCCGAAAACCAAUUACGUUCGGACCCAUCCCUUUUGACAUCCCUCGUUGACCGGUGGAGACCUGAAACCCACACCUUUCACUUUCGUCUUGGGGAGCUUGCACCUACACUGAAAGAUGUUUCUAUGGUCACUGCUCUACCAAUUAGAGGUGAGCCGUUAGUCUCUCUGUCAGUGACUCCAUCUUGGGCAUUAAAUAUCUCAGCCCGUCUUGGGAUGGUAAUGCCAGAAUCACAAUGUUUUGGUGGCCCUCAGGGCGUCCCACUCGCCUGGCUUCGUGCAAACUUUCAUUGUGUAUCUAACCAGCUGAUUCUGAGAUGAGAAAAGGACAUCUAUUUACGUAUUUGUUGUGGCUCCUCGGGACUAUGUUUCCAAAUUCACACUCGGACGUAGUUCUCCCUGGUCUCAUCUACUUUGUAGAGAUUAUGGUAGAUGAAUCUUUACCUCAGCAUCCAAAAUACAGCUUCGGUUCUGCCAUGCUAUGUCAUACAUAUAGAGGCUUGUGUGAUGCCACACAGAAAACUUCGUUCGCAGAAAAAGCUCCGUUACUUUUGUGUGGCCUACGAGUUUCUAUAGUUGUGGUCCUGGGAAUACCUCCAUGUUGGACGACCUCGUAUACUAAACACCAUACAUCGAUACGACUGUAGCGAGGGCAAUGUCAAUAUGGCCAGCAGGUGGACAAAGGCACGGAAAAAAUGGUCUUCAAGCAUUGCGAAAUGUUGUUACCCUAUAUACCACCAGCAAUUUGAGAUGCUUGAUGAGUCACUAGUCACAUGAAACCCGUGGACUCAAGAGCAGUUAUAGAUGGUCUUCGAUAUACGACCCAUCACAACAGGAUGCGUGAGCGAUAGUGCAUUCUGGUUGACUAGCUGCCACUUAUUGUUCCUGUGAUGUGUUGAGCCUUACAACCCAGAGCGUGUCAUGAGACAGUUUGGUCUAUAUCAGAAUAUUCCACCACCUUUUCCAAGAUGUAUCGACGAGGAAACCCAUAAGUAAGAUGUGACCUCCCUAAAUAGUUAGUGUCUUCUUUAAUAUACUAAAUUGACACUUUGUUACAUAAUUUGCAGGCUGAGCAAUAUGGGCAAGGGUGGUUACGAUUGGAGGGCACACAACAUUGAAUGGGAACACAAGUGGGAAAUGAAGUGCUGGAAGAUAUAGUGCAUCAACUUAGGUAUUUAAGGAGACCGUAAAUUUGGAUGAGCAGUAUCCAGAGUUGGUUGAACAAGCAAAACUGAUAUUGAAGAAGUGCGGAGGACUUCCCCUUGCACUAGUCACCAUAGGUGGUUUCUUGGCAAGCCAACCAAAAACUGCUUUUGAAUGGAGAAAAUUGAAUGAGCAUAUUAGUGCUGAGUUGGAGAUGAAUCCAGAACUUGAGAUCAUAAAAGCAGUCCUUAUGAAAAGCUAUGAUGGUUUACCCUAUUACCUCAAGGCUUGUUUCUUGUAUCUUGCCAUCUUUCCUGAAGACUACAUGAUUCUGCGGAGACGCUUAGUGCGUCGGUGGAUUGCAGAGGGUUACUCAAGUGAGGUGCGUGGCAAGUCUAUGGAGGAAGUAUUGGACGGUUACUUCAUGGAACUUAUAAGUAGGAGCAUGAUUAUGCCAUCUCAACAGUCAAUUCAUAGCAGGAAAGGAAUUGACUCCUGCCAUGUCCAUGAUCUCAUUCGUGAAAUUGCAAUCUCAAAGUCUAUGGAGGAAAAUCUUGUUUUCACAUUGGAGGAAGGGUGCAGCUUAAACAACCAUGGCACUGUGCGUCAUCUUGCUGUAAGCAGCAACUGGAAGGGGGAUCAGUGUGAGUUUGAGAAUAUAAUAGAUUUGUCCCAUGUACGAUCGUUGACAGUGUUUGGAAAUUGGAGGCCGUUUUACAUUUCUGAGAAGAUGAGGUUGCUACGAGUGCUGGAUUUGGAAGGCAAGUGGGAUCUAGUUGAUCAUCACCUUCAACACAUUGGGAAGCUUGUACAUCUUAGAUAUCUUUCUCUCAGGGGACAUGCUGAUGUAUUUCACCUGCCAAACUCAUUGGGGAACCUGAGACAGCUCCAGACACUAGAUAUUUCAGGUACAAGCAUAAUGAAGCUACCAAGUACCAUCACCAAGCUUGUGAAGAUGCAACGCAUUCUUGCUAGCAACAUAGGAGAGAGAAAUUUCGGUAUAUUUAAAUAUACAGGUGCUCAGUCACUAAUGAGUUUGCCUAUAUGCUCAGCAGGUUGUUGUGUGGCAUGUUGUGCACCUACUUGUUUGGCAGAGGAGCUUGAACUUGAGGAUGAAGCACAACUUAACAGGCGUGAUGUAUGCACUGCAUUCUGUUGCAGCAUAUUACCUUAUUAUGCAGCAGGAGGACGAAAUCCAGGUGGUGUUGAAGUGCCAAGAUGGAUUUGGAAACUGAAGGCCCUGCACACACUCCGUGUUGUCGACGUCUCAGUGGGAAAGGCUGUUCUACAAGAUAUAAAAAAGCUCACCCGGUUGCGCAAGUUAGGAGUGACAGGCAUCAACAAGAGAAACGGUCAGGAGUUGUGUGCAGCAAUUGCUUGUCUCAGCAGCCUGGAGUCAUUGUCACUGCGAUCAUAUGGAAAGGCAGGUUUAUCAGGUUGCUUGGAUGGCUUGUCCUCACCUCCAGAAAACCUGCAGAGCCUCAAGUUGAGAGGCAACCUGGUUAAACUGCCGGAGUGGAUCCACUGGCUCAAAAAUCUCGUGAAGCUGAAGCUAGAGUGGUCGAGCAUAUCGGAGCACGAUGCUGCCAUACAAGUCCUUGGAAAUCUAUCAAACCUGGCCACCCUACGUCUAUUGGAUGACUCGUUCGUUGGUGAAGAGGUCCGUUUCAGUUUCUGUCAGGAGGCAUUCCCAAGCCUGAAGGUGCUGCAGCUGGAUUGCGUAAGGAACCUCAAGUCGGUGGGAUUUGAAGAAGGAGCAGCCCCUAAGCUUGAGUUGCUGCAGUAUAGUGGUUGGAACAAUGACUUCAGGGUUGGGUUGUUCUCUGGGUUACCAUGCCUCCCAAGCCUCAAAGAAUUUAUGCUGUAUAGGGAGCACUGGGAGAAGACUGAGGUCGUGGAGCACUUGCGAGGCCAGCUGGCGGAGAACAUAAAUGGGCCCGUUUUGAAGAGUUGGCAGUAGCUAGCUUUAUUCAGCUCCCUUUUCGUCUAUCUUAUAUAAUAAUAUUCAUGUAUGUAUAUUAUAAUUAGUAGGUCCCUCCCUUUGUGUUGAAAGUGGUGUUGCCUUGGAUUGAGUUGAUGAUGUAAUUAAGCUGCUACUCCCUUUGUGUGUGCGUGCGCGCGCGCGCGCGUGCACGGUGGUACGAUAGCAGAUGGCAUUCGUCAUUUUGUUCAUCCAAUC